UUUUUUGCGUGACAUUAUUUAAUACUUUCACAACCUUAUCUAUGUGCAUUUAUAUAUACUUUCAUGAUUGGAGCACCUAAAAGAUAUAACCAUUGGAAGAGAAUGGAGUUUUUAGUUGUCCUUGUGAUUGUAUUAUUGGGAAGUAGUAUCAAGGCCUAUGGUGCAAUUAAUCAACUUUGUUGGAGAGAAAUCAGCAAUAUCAAUAAUCAAGGACCAUAUUUUGGUAUAGUUGUGCCAAAUGCCUUUGAGUUGAACCCUCUUCUUCAAUCAUCAAGCUUUGUGCCUCACAAUAAGUUCCCUUACUUUGACUUUGCUGGAAGACAUUUUCGUAUUGGCGAAUUGAAAAUGAAAAAGGUUAUUGUUGUUAUGACCGGCGAGAGUAUGCUAAAUGCAGGUCUUGCUACCCAAUUGUUGCUUACUUUGUUUAAUGUAAAAGGAGUUCUACAUUAUGGAAUUGCUGGUAAUGCGAAUUCUAAAUUCCAAAUUGGGGAUGUGACAAUUCCACAGUAUUGGGCCCAUACAGGACAAUGGCAUUGGCAGAGGUUUGGAGAUAAGGAUGAAGACAAUGGAGAUUUCAACAGAGAAUUUGGUUAUCUUAAGUUUUCUGAUUACAAUAACUACACAAAACAUUCCAAAUCAGUGAAAAAUCUCUUGAACAAGGUUUGGUAUCAACCAGAGAAAAUUUUUCCUGUCGAUGGAACUCCUGAAGUUUGGCAAUCUGCAUUUUGGGUUCCAGUUGACAAAACAUACUUUGAAAUUGCAAGAAACCUCAAGAAUGUUGAAUUGAGUAAUUGUGUUAACAAAACUUGCUUGCCAAGAAAGCCUAUUGUAGUGAGAGUAAAGAAUGGGGUAAGUGCCAAUGUGUUUGUUGACAACAGAGCUUAUAGAGAUCAUUUGAAGUCCAAAUUUGAUGUUACUCCAACAGACAUGGAAAGUGCUGCUGUUGCUUUAGUUUGUUUCCAACAAAAAAUACCAUUCAUUGCCAUUAGAGCAUUGUCUGAUUUAGCUGGAGGAGGUUCUGCAUUGACCAAUGAAGUAUCAAUCUUUUUAUCAUUAGCCUCCCAAAAUGCAUUUGAUGUUCUUGUUAAAUUCAUCUCUUUAUUAUAAUAAUUAGUGGCUUUAAUAUGUUUCUUAAAGUGUAAGCAAGGGACAAUUUUAGAGGGAGAAAAAAAUCAUGUGUUUCAAAUUCUCUCUUAUAUCAUGUAUUCUCAUCUACUCAAAAUAAAAAAGCAUAUGAAAUCUAAUUUGAAUUUGAAAAAGGAA